UGCGUUGUGGAGCGUGGGUAUAAGACGCAGCUUACUUUGCUGUGCUGGUCCGUUUGAAGCAGACACAGAGCGCAGCAGAUCUCAGAAGACCAUGUCGGAGUUUCUGUUGUUUGGAUGUCGUUUGCCUUUGGACCAUCAACACAUCUGCAACAGGAAUCGAAGAGAAAACAUGCAAGUUUGUGAAAGUAUGUGUGAAGAGCCGAAGGUCGGUGCUGCAGCGGUUGUGUGAUGACAGUGUCUGUGCUGAUGCUGAGGAAUGCAGCAGCUGUCUGAGACUGUCUGUAACCUCCACACGGACCGGCUGGACCAGCUCGGCACGAUUAAACGCGCUAAACUGGUAGAUUAAACAUGCUAAACGCCGCUUGUCGUAACUAAACGCUUUGGGUGAUCGCGUCAGAGACGUCUUCUUGGCUUGGUUUCACCAUUCCACACCCUGUAACGCUUUCUGAGCGCAACUUGUGGCUUCGCAGGGAUAAUCUGGCUCCAGCCCAGCUUCCUCUGGUGGCGGUAACGCGGCAGAAGCUAUGAUACAUGCUCUUCUUAUGUUAGGCAGGACGAUGCACUGGAUCCUGGGUAGAGCUUCAACGCACGGCCCUGUCCUGGGUGUUUGAGUGCUGCUCUUAAUUAAACGAGAUUGGAGAUUCUGGCAUGUCAUAGCGGACUGGGUGGUAGUGUGGGGGGUGCAACAUGCACGUCACAUGCUCAACACUAACUUGUGUCAAAGCCGCAGGACACGUUUGUGUUACUGCAGUGAAAACAGAAACAGCUCUUAUUGAAGACAUGCUGUAACAAGAUGUUUUUUUUACACUACUGGUUAUCAUCAUAUUCAUCCUCUCAGGUGAAGCUGAUUAUUCCACAUGGUAAUUAUUGAGGUCACGGUGGGGGCUGGGGUGUUCUAAUGCUUUGGUCCCUAUUGAAUGAGCAGGGUCAACAUAACACAAAGUGGUUUGACUGGACGCUGGCACAGAAGCUGCAUUUCAUUCCAUUAGGCUGUAUGGUUUGAGCCACUGUGUUUGUCUUUUUUACAUAUGACAUUAUAGUUACUUAUGUACCAAUUCUAGACUAGUGGUUGUGCAGUUUGACCCAAUUUAUACUAUAAUCAAAAACACAAUGGUUGAAUUCAACCUCAUAUUCUACCCAUGAACUGAUUAGGAGUUUUGGCACCAAGCUGAUCAUUACGGGGCAGCUAAUAUUAAUGCUCCAUUCAGCUGUACUUGUUUAUUCUUGAGGGUCAGACUGGUGCCUGUCCUAGCUGACGGAGCAGGCACAUGGAGAGAGACAGCCAUUAACUCAUCACUCAGAAAUGAUCUGAAGUUUGAGACCAGGCUCAACUAGGCAUUUUUUAAAGUUUGCAUGUAUCCAGGUUUACUCUGCUUUUCUCAGAUGGUUACUGAAUUAGCUUAAAUGUUGAGGCACUGUCAUGUUUUUCACACUUUGUGGUGAGAACAUGGCUACAAAGUUGGCUGUUAUUGACAAUGGACAAUAGUUGGUUCCAACUUUUGAAUGCAGCAGUGGAAUCAAAGAACAAGUAAUGUCUAGGAGAACAUCUGGAGGUUUUACACAACUUAUAAUAAUAAAUAAUUCUGGGCAUCCCCUCUGUUCUGCUGCUCAGACAAGCCAACAUUUUAUUCUUCAUCCUCAUGUUCCUUACACCCAAAUUUAUUCUACUCACUUGUCUUACAGCUAGAGCAGCUUCCGUCUCACUUUGGAUGGGCUCCAAUCAGUCAUAACACCAUCCUGUCAGGUGAGCGAUCAUAGGACACUAAAAGGCUUUAAUGUGGGAAUAUUCUCUGGCUCUGUGCAGUUUACCUAAUUUCCAUCUUUUCUUUGGGAAAUUAGGGAAAAAUCAUGUGCAAAAAUGCACAAAUGUUUUAUAGGCCAAUCAUGGUGCAGGCCAGGUGGCUGAGGGGAGGCAGACAGGCAGGCAUACAAACUUGUCCAUCCAUGUCCUGGGAAAUUCUCUAAUUUUGAAGGUAUCCAAUAAAUUAUGAGCGCACAACACAAGAGAGAGAACACCCCCCGUAGAUCUCUGUAGUACCCAAUCAAUAGUCUGUAAUCUGUGCCAGAUCUUGCCUCUGGGGAUUUAAGGGGAAUUACACUUGUCAGUCUUCUCCACGUCACUGGUGAGUUCCUGCUUCAGGAGGAGGAGUUCAAGUUUGUUGUGGUGUUGAGAACAAGGGAAGAUGAUAGAUAGUUUUAUUCAGUUCAAUUAUGUAUAUUUAUAUAGCGCUGUAAACCUGAUUAACAAGACCCUAUACAACUAAAAAUAUAUAACUAUUCAGAAAACCUAACAAAUUCUGCUGCAUCAGCUGCAGUAAUGCAGUUGGUGCACCAGUCUGUGUAAAGAAGGAGUGGGGGCAAAAGGCGAAGCCCUUAAAGUACCGGCCAAUCAGUCAUGAAACUCUGGGUCAUGAUCAAAAGAACAACAUCCCAGAUACAAGUGCCUGAAGUGAGUGGUGAGGUGAGGUGACUUUUGACUUCAAGAUCCCUUAGAUUGGAUGGAAUGCAGAAAGCUCAUUUCCAGGGGCCUCAUGUACAAAGAUUUCCUACUAAACUUUGCGUAAGUUCAAAUCCAAAAAACUGCCUGAGUACAGAAGUAUCAAUGUCCUCUAAGUAAGGAUCUACGCAUGUUUCCUUCGCACUUACCAAUCAGCGUAGAAUUGAGCGCAGGUGACUGAAUAGCAGACUCCUUCCGUGCCUCAAUAGAAAUAUGUUAAUUAAUUUAAAUACAGUCCGCGUCUGCCCCGAGCGGGACCUUGUGUGCAGGUAUUAAUGCUGCAAGUUCUGCACAGGAGCAGAAAUAAAAAGAUAAAAAUAGUCUCACAUGAAGGUGGACGUGAAGCGAAUUUUACCACCAAAGUGUCACCAAAACAGGCAGAUGUGAAAGAGAAGACACUGAGGUCAGUUAAUAAUAGGAAUUCUCUACAUUAAACCACCGUUUAAUGUUGAUGCUGAAGACAGGAUGUACUAUGGUUGCGUACAGGUUCUAUGUGCGACAAGAAUUAAUAUUAAGGCUGUUAAAUUAUUUACUUGCCACAAAGCCACUGAUCUGGUACCAGCUUCAAAUCUGAUACAAUGAAUGGAUCAUUGUUAAACAGGCACCUUGCUAACUGUAACUGCAUUUGUGCGUAACAGAUUAUUGUGACAGUGCUUUUAUAGCCAUGUGUCCAGUCGAUGAGUGCACCUUCACAUCAGGUAAAGGGGCUUUCGAAGCAAACUGCGCUUUAAUGUUGCCCCGAUCGACCGUUGGAAGUAUGGAAACUUGAUUCCUUGCUGACAUACGGAUGACUGCGUCCCACACAGCUGGAAUGGCUCGGUUUGGCUUGGCUCGGCUCAGGAUCCACUACCUGACCGGCAUGCAGCUCCUUCUGGAUGCCCCCGUGGCUGGAACCCUAGUGUGGUCAGCAGCUGGAUGUGUGCUGGCCGCGUUGCAAUCCAAGUACAGUUUUCUGACAGGGCUCUGGACUAAACUGUGCAAUGAUGUCCCAGAAAGUCCGAGGUGUAGCAACAAAUCAGCCAUCCUGGAAACCAAAGCCUUGCUUCAGCUUGCGAGGCAGAAAGCAGAAAGACAGCGUGAUUCAAGGCAGGCUUCGUAUCCGCUCCUUCCCCGGGGCCUUCCUGGUGUUGGGGGUUGUUGUGGUGGUUGCUGGCUCUGCUCUGGCUGUAGCGGGAUAUUGGCCUGACAGGUUACCAAGAUCAUCCAUCCUGGGAGCUGCAGAGCAGGACAAUAUCUCAGAGUCACAAACUCUUGGUUGGACAGUACAAGCUAACAGCUUUCUAUCCACAGUUAACCCCAUCCACAGCAAACGAAUGAAGCUGUUGGGGCCUGUCAUCAUGGGGGUGGGACUCUUCAUCCUCAUAUGUGCCAACACAGUCCUAUAUGAGAACAGGGAUAGAGAAACUCAGAUGCUCCUUGCUCAGAUGCGGAGUGUGAUCUGUUCUGUAUCUGCAGCUGUGCCCUCAGCAGACCUCAAAGACAUAGCAGCAACCAACUCAAUAGCCAAACACUACCACUGGGUAAGCAGUUUACCAGCUGCACAUGUCAACAUUCUUUGUCUGCAGCAACUGGCCAGCUCAGAGCCUCUGCUCCAGACCAGACACCUCAAAAACCAGGAGGACAGUGAGGAGGGUCUUUGCCAGCAGAAGAUUUUCCAAACAGAAGCACUCCACCACCAAGAAUCUGAGCUGUCGCCUUCUCUUUACUCCUCCCUCACUAACUCUUGCAAUUCUAGUCACACAGACUUUAAAUCACUGUCUGGUGCAAAGUAUGAUGGCACUGCUUACAUUGUCCAGGGUGCCCCAUUCAUCAAGCUCAACAACUGCCUGGCUUUUGACAGUUCACUGUCCUCCCUUGGGAUGCCUGCGGUGGAUGUCCUAGCAGCCCAGCAAAGGCGCAGCCACAGUAUCAGCUACAGGACUAAACCUUACAAAUCUCAUACUUGUGUGGAACUGAAGGAUGAAGUCCAUAUGCCAGUAAGGGAGGGUGAAAUAAACGUGGUCUCUACCAAUAGGCAGAAUAAUUUACAGGUUUUUGUGAACAUCCCUGAGCAACAUGUAAAUGUUAAGGAGGAGCAGAUUUGUGGAAGCUGGCCUCGGCUAGACUUGGGCAAUGGGAGACGAUACCUGAAACUAGAGAACAAAGAGGACUCAGUGGAAAGACUGCUGGAUCAAUUGGAGCAUCAGAGAUUUCAGUGGGAUAAGAGUUUUGGCUCCGGGCCUUUUCAGUGAAGCCUGCUUCACGGUCCUAUUUUGGAAUACUAACACACUCAGAAGUUUCACAUUUUGGUUUUCAAUUCUGCAAGAGGCAGAGAUUAACUCAGUUUUGGAGCAUACUGGUUUUCAUAUGAAUCUUCUAGAACUGAAGCCAGUGGAAUAUUGAUGCUCAGGUGUUAUAGUCUUUGCUUGGCUGAUUGUGUCAGAUGGUUUAUAUAAUGAGAGGAAUAAUAUACGUACUCUGCAAUGUCACAUGUGAUUUAAGACUGUUUAUUUCUGCAGUUGGACCUUAUAUCAGUUCAAAACAAAGUUGUAACUCAAUGCCAAAAUAUGUUUGCAUGUUUCCAGGGUAGAGAGUUUCUUUUCACUGUUCAAGAGUCUAGGUAGUUUGGUUCCAAAUGAAUGGCACAAAUAAUGACUGGCAACAAGUAUCCAGUAAAAACUGGGACAUGUUCCUGAGGUCCCAGAGCAUGGCAGUGUUUUACAGUGUGUCAUGUCUGAGUAAUGUCACUGUUUAAUGCGUAAGAAAAGACAAUUAAAUGUUCAUCUUAAGUUAA